UGAGUCAUCCCGUGCCUCCCUCCGCCCUGGACUUUGCCUCCGGUGGAUGCUCGGGGCAGUAAAACCGGCAGAGGCCAGGGAGGGACUGGGACACGCAGGGUCAGCGCGGGGCGGUGGGGCCCGGAGCGGCGUCCCUGCGGCCAGGCCCACCGUGCCCACAUGCAGCAGGCGCCUGGCGGGCAGAGCCCACCCCCGGGGCCCUCCGAGGCCGCAGGCGCUGAGAUCAAGGCCACUGAGAUCAAGGCCGUCAUCGUCGGGGACGGAGGCUGCGGGAAGACGUCGCUGCUGAUGGUCUUUGCCAGAGGGGACUUCCCCAAGGUCUACGUCCCCACGGUGUUCGAGAAGUACACGGCCUCCUUCCAAGUUGACGGAAAGCCCGCGAAGAUCCACCUCUGGGACACGGCAGGGCAGGAGGACUACGACAGGCUUCGCCCGCUGUCCUACUCAGACGCCAAUGUUGUCCUCAUGUGCUUUGAUGUCACCAACCGCAGCAGCUACGACAACAUCCUGACGAAGUGGUACCCAGAGGUGAACCACUUCUGCAAGGGCGUCCCGGUCCUGCUGGUGGGCUGCAAGACCGACCUGCGGCAGGACCCCGAGGUGCUGCGCGAGCUGCGGCAGGGCCGCCAGGAGCCCGUCACCUUGCAGCAGGGGGAGGCCAUGGCCCGGCUGGUCCACGCCGCGUCCUACUUCGAGUGCUCGGCCAGGUACCAGGAGAACGUCAGGGACAUCUUCGCUGCCACCUGCGCCACCGCGCUGCGAUCCGCCCGACGGCCCCGACGCAGGAGAUGGCCCCGGGGGGGCUGCACGCUCUGCUGAGACCCCGCACCGCCGGCCCGGACACCGUGAGCCGGCACAGAGGCACCCCGUGCACAGAGAGGCGCCUGGCACCGACCUGCCCGCAGCCGCCCCGCUGCUGAGAACUGACCCGGGGGACCCCCUGGCCCCCUGUCCCGCCGGCCGGGCGGGGGACACGCGCUGAGCGGCUGCGGCGCGGUUCUGCCAUUAAAGCUCAGAGCUCGUCAGCGCCGUGCGGUCCCUGCGGGCAGACCCCCCGACACCUGAUGCGGCACCAAAAGGCACAGGGCCGCAGCCACGGCACCGUGUUUGUG